CAUGACCAUCACCUUCCUGUUUCAUAUCAUUUACCACUCGUAGCCCAGACAACGUCACUGCAUCUGCUUCGUCUCACUUAGCCAUACUCUAGCAGUAGACCACCUCGGUCACCACGACUUGACACACGGCCAUCGCCCGGCCCCAUCACCAGCCAUGUUCGCACCGCGAUCUCGCUUCGACGAGAAUGCACUCGUGAGCCAGACGCCAGGUCCUUCGAUGAACAGACCUCGCGCCAGCCCCAUCAAGCAAGGCGGUCUCACCACCGCUGGCAAGCAGCGCAUGAAGGGACAAUACGAAGAUGGCGAGCAAGGAUUGGGAAGCCCAAAGAAGCUAUUCAAGAAUGUCGGAGGAGCAUCGCCCAUGAAAGGAGGAGGAGCAACUCCAGGUCCAUCCUCCAAGAGACCAAUGGCAAUGGCACCCAAGACGCCAGGCGCGGGUCUAGGCGGCCUCCGGUCGGCGCUGGGAGACAAGACGAACAACAACAAGAUGGCGUCGACCAAUCCCUUUGCUCCUCGCCAACAGCCGGGUGAUGGAGGACAACAGGGUGGGAAGAGCCCGAAGAAGAAAGGCUUGCCGGGAACAAGUCCACUCAAGUCGGGUCAGAAGCCAGCUGUACCUCAAACGCCAGCUGCUUCUACAUCAAUCGGCGCGAGGACUGAAAUUCCCUCGAUAGGCAGCGCACGAGGACCUCAGCCAUUCGAGACGCCGGCUGCAAAUGUGGGAAGAAAGGGCAUGAUGAAACAGAAGAUGGGAGAAAUUCUAGAUGCGCAACGGUUUGCCUCUGCCGGAGUCGAGCCACCUGAGCAGCUGCAGGAGGAAAUGGUAGAGCAGCACUGGACCGAUGGUCUGACCGAGGAGGAGAUGUACCCAGAAAUCGAGUACAUGCCGCCCUCUAUGGGCUCGAGCGCUCUACCUGAAGAGAGACCAGAGGCUCUGGAAGGACUCAUGCAGGCGGCGGAACUUGGAGCUAUGAUGAAGGACAGCAAUUUUCUUGGGGUGAGAAGGUCUCCUUCGCCUCGACUUGCAGCAGAGCUGCCCCCUACACCCCCCGAAGAGAUCCAGGCUGCUACUCUGAAAGGCGUUCUGGCAGAUACUCGCCAUGACAAGGACGAAGAGAGCACAGAUGAAGACGAGCCUUUCCCCGAUCAGAAGAUUCUGGUCCCCGUUGCAGGUCCAAAGGCUGUCGCACAGGGAUCUCGAAUGGGGUCAAGCAUGGCCACAUCUUCAACCGCUCGUCUGGGAUCUCCUAGCGCUACCCGUCCGCAGAAUAGCGGUACUCGCCCUACCGUCGGUGUCACAAACCGCUCCGGUUCUCAGCUCUCGGGCGCAAUCAGGUCAUCUGUCCAGCCUCGGUCAGCUGCCGUUAGGUCGAGCUCCACGGCCGCUACCAAGCCAACGUCGCGUCUUGCGCAAGGCGAGAACGGCCGGCCUGUUCCCGUAUCUCGAGCCAGCAGCGGCAAGCCGGCCACGUCUCGGUCAGGAAGCACAGCCUCCCCUUCGCUUGCACCUCGAGCACGUCCAGGCGUCCCGCCUCCCGCACGACCGCUCGGCGUCAAGCCUCAAGGUCUAUCCAGCACUGCAAGCACCUCGAAGCUCCCUUCUUCCGUCCCUGCAAAGAUGAAGGUCAAGCGCCAGCCACACCCCGCGCUGCUCGAUCUGGAGAACGAUGAGGUCUCUAGAAUGGUCAAGGAGCAGAUCAAGCGGGACGAGGAAGAGCAGUUGAGGGAAUUGGGGAUGCAGGGAGUGGGGUUGGACUUGUUUGACGAUGAUGAGAUGUUGUUGGAUGUGCAGGAGGAGGUGGGCAUUUGAGAGAAGGAAGUGGGAGUGGGAGACAAGAAAGAGAAACUUUAUACCCGGGUUAAGUCGAGUGCAGGGGCUCUGUCUACACCAGUCGAUACCAGCACCUUCACUUUAUUGGUCGUAUCCAAUCUGUUCAAUCUGCUCGAUAUACUAUAAUGGCCAUCAGCAUCGCCCCUUGGCUCAUGCCUUGAUCGCCCUCCACUCGCCCAGCAGACGGAAGUGGGAAAAAUCACCGAGACCGACAUCGAGACGGAAGCGGCCCACU